CGUUUCCUUAUCUGCUUGCUCAUGGGUUUUCUUGACCCUUCGUAGAACAAAGUAUCAAGCUUCACCAACGUAUGAGAGAGAUGCAGGCCUUAACCAGAUUCUUCUCGUCGAGAAUUUCUCACCACUUUUGUACGGUUUCAGCGGCCGAACUAAGCUCAAAGUUUGAUACUUGCCUGCGCAACAAUAACAUUGACGAAGCUCGUAAGCUAUUCGACGAAAACAUCGCAUCCCGGAGCUGCGUUUCUUGGAACAUGAUGAUGAGCAGCUACGUUCAGCGCAAUCAAUUUCAUCUUGCCAAGAAUCUGUUCGACAAAAUGCCCGCCAAAGAUGUCGUUUCGUGGAAUAUUAUGUUAUCUGGAUUUCGGAAAACUGGAAACGUUCGUGGUUUAUACCAAAGUUUCUUACAAAUGGGACGAGUUAGUGUAGCACCCAGUGACUAUACCAUAUCCGCAUUACUUAGAGCAGUUGUGAAUACUGAUUUCGAUGUUUUGGUCCAGCAGAUUCACGCUCGAGCUGUCCGUAUGGCCCUUAACCUGGAUGUAGUUGUUGGAUCUUCUCUAAUCAAUGCAUAUGCGAGUCUAGGAGAGAAGAAGGCUAUGGGUAGAGUGUUCGAUGAGUUAUUGACAAAAAAUGUUGCUUGCUGGAACGCUUUGGUUUCUGGGUACAUGGAAGUUGGGAGCAUGGCUGAUGCUCAGAGAGCUUUCGAUUUGACGCCUCAAAAAGAUAUUAUUUCUUGGACUACUUUGGUAAAUGGUUAUAUCCGGAACAAGCAAAUUGAUAAAGCACGAUCCAUAUUCAAUGAAAUGAAAGAGAGAAAUGUGGUGACGUGGACUGCUAUGAUCAGUGGGUAUGUGCAAAGUUUAAGAUCUGUGGAAGCAUUGGAACUGUUCAUUUUGAUGUUAAAAUCAGGGAAUCGCCCCAACCAUUUCACAAUUUCAAGUGUGUUAGACGCAUGUGCAGAUUGUUCUUCUCUUCUCAUGGGACAGCAAAUUCAUCAGAGUUUCAUCAAAUCUGGCAUACCAGAUGAUGUCAUCAUCUCAACCUCACUAGUUGACAUGUAUGCCAAAUGUGGCCAUAUGGAUGCAGCAUUCCGUGUUUUUGAGUCCAUUACCAGAAAGAAUCUAGCUUCGUGGAAUUCAAUAAUAGGCGGCUAUGCCAGGCAUGGACUCGCAAACCGAGCACUCGAAGAAUUUAACAGGAUGAUGGAGGCUGGUUUUACACCUAACAAAAUUACACAUGUAAAUGUGUUAUCUGCAUGUGUACAUGCAGGUCUGGUUGAAGAAGGUGAGAAGCACUUCAUUGCUAUGCAGAGAAAGCAUGGAAUUCAAACAGAGAUGGAACACUACACUUGUAUGGUGGACCUGUACGGAAGAUCUGGGCAAUUAGAUAAAGCAGAAGAAAUAAUCAAGAACAUGCCAUUUGAGCCUGAUGUGGUGUUGUGGGGUGCAUUACUGGGAGCCUGUGUGCUGCACUCAAAUGUAGAACUUGGAGAGAUUGCUGCUCAGAAGAUGCGUGAGUUGCAGAAGAAUCAUUCUGCAUCUUACACUUUGCUUGCAAAGAUCCAAGGUGAGAAGGGAAGAUGGACCAGUGUGAAUGAAUUGAGGGAGAAGAUGAAAGAGAGACAGAUUCAAAAGCAGAAGGCAUUUAGUUGGGCGGAGUUCCACAUUGCUGUAAAUUCAACCUAGUUAUGAAAAUUAUAAGCAAAUCCGUAAGAAACAUGUCCUGGUAAACAUUGCUGAAAUAUAAACAGGCUUGGUAAACAUUGCAAUUCAACAGCCUACUCAAGAGCAUGGCGAUGUCAUUUUAUCAAACCUAAAACUUGGGGUUGAUAAAACUCUCCUUUAGACUGAUGAGUUGUGCUACUGCAGGCAAAUUGUAGCAUUCUACUUGAUAAGUUUUUUUGGAAAAGCAAGGUUAUAACUUGCUUGCUCUAUUUUUUGGCUCCUUAAUAAAUGGAACGUAGGCCUCUCUUCCCAUGAUGCAA